UUAAAGGCGACCGGUCUCCACAAUUUCUCAUCGAUGUUUAACAACGAGCCGUCAAAGAACUGGGCAGUCCUUGUGGCUGGUUCCGACUCCUGGUUAAAUUAUCGACAUCAAGCGAACGUUUUUCACGCAUAUCACGUCUUGCGUGCAAACAAAAUUCCAGCGGAGAAUAUAAUUACCUUCGCCUACGACGAUAUUGCAAAAAAUCCCAAAAAUCCGUUUCCAGGCCAAGUUUUCAAUGACUACGAGCACGAAGAUGUUUACAAGGGUGUGGUAAUUGACUACCGUGGAAAAGACGUCAAACCUGAUAUUUUCAGGAAGGUACUGGAAGGCGAUGAGAAACUUGAAAAGGAAGGGAAGAAGGUGUUGAAAAGCGGUCCUGAUGACAACGUUUUCAUUUAUUUCACUGGCCAUGGUACGCGUUACUAUAUCAACUUCCCCGAAGAAGAUCUUCAUGCGGUGAAAUUGAAUGAUAUCCUGGGCAACAUGUAUUUAAACAAAAGGUACAACAAAUUGGUGUUUUACAUGGAUGCUUGCUACUCUGGUUCUCUGUUUCGCGAUCUUCUUCCCGCAGAUGUAGGAAUCUACGCGACAACAUCUGCCAACGAAAAUGAAGAAAGCCUCUCUGUUUUUUGUAAUGACAAGCGAAUCGGUGUUUGUCUAGCGACCGAGUACUCGUAUGCUUGGAUUACGGAUUCGGAAUACAAUGACUUGAAAAAGCGUACACUGGAUCAACAGUACGAGGAGGUAAAAAAGAGAACGAAAGAUAGCCAUGUGAUGAAGUACGGUGAGACGACGAUGGGAAGACUCCCAGUUGGAAAGUUCCAAGGUCAUUAUGAUCUACUAUUGCACUGGAAUGAUGAGGCAAUAGCACCGAAGGUUGUAGACAGAAAACCCUCUUCUCGGGUGCAUUUGUUAUCAAGGUCUCGACGCCUGAUGGAGGCCACGACCGCGGAAGUAUACGAGACUUGUUAUCGAAAUCUUUACCGCGCACUUCAGCUUCGCCACAUCGUCAGGGAAACGUUUCACGACAUCGUCAUGUAUAUGGCAACCCACCAUAAGCCAACGGUAAAAAGCUUAUCCAAGAGGGAUGAGCUCAUGUGUUUCAAUAAAGUAUUCGACCAAUUCCAGAAACAUUGCUUCACAAUUCAGCAGGUCCCAGUGAUACCUCAGCACACGGCAAAUCUAAUGGAGCUGUGCAAAGCCGGUUACGAGUCCGAAGCCAUCAUCGAGUCAGUCCGCAACGUGUGCUCCUAACGGAUAUGCACUAAGUUGUGUGAUUUGGCAAAAACAAAAUGAAUUGCAUCUGGUCCGUAUCGUGUUAUACCAGGCAUACAAGACAUGUGUUGUAUUUUUCAUCAAAAA